AUGUCAGCAGCUGCUGCUACCGAGCCUGCUGCUCCUAGCAGCAUCUCCUCCUCAACAGCAGCAGUAACUGCAACAGCAGCAGGAGCUACAGACACAGCAGAAGAAACGACAGCCAUAGCAGCAGCAAAAGAAGCAGCAACUGCAGCAACAGGGACAUCUGCAGCAGCUGCAGCAGCAGAUCCUGUUGUUUCUUUCUUGCUGCAGGAGGAGGAGCAGCUGCAGCAGCACAUAUCUCUAUGUGACGAGCUGCUGCUGCAGGUGUUGAGCAGCAGCAAGAGGCAGCAGCAGCAGCAGCACAUUAAGGAGGAGCUGCUGCCAGCACUGCAGCAACUGCAGCAGCACGUAGAAGCAAAUACAGCACAAUUAGAGCAGCAACUAGAGGAAGCAGCAAAAACUGCUGCCUCUAUUAGUCUACCAGUGCAGCAGCUGCAGCUGCAGCAGCAGCUGCUGCAGCAAGCAGCAAAACGAGCUGCUGCAGCACUUGAAGCGGAGGAUUUGCUGCAGGCUGCUGCAUGCAUCAGCAGCUGCCUAUACACCCGAGACGAGUUCGAGCGCAUAGACCAGCAGCAGCAACAGCAGCAGCAGCAGCAGCAUGGAGGAAGCGCAGCAGCACCUGAGAGCAUCUGCCGAGCAGAGGCGCCCGUGCUGCAGCAGCUGCAGCAGCAGCAGAUGCAGCUGCAGCAGCACCUUAACAAGCGUCUUGCUGCUGUAGCUCGGAGUCUCGUGGCAGCAGCACUGCAGCAGCAGCAGCAGCAGCAACAGCAGCAGCAGAUAUCUCGUGUAGACACAGGAGGCAGCGUAGACAAUGACGAGCAGCAGGAGGAGCAGGACCUUAAUGAUCAGCAGCAGCAGCAGCAACAGCAGCAGCAGCAGCAUCAAGAGGAACUCACGCUGCUGCUGCGCUGCUACUUCCUGCUGCGCAAGGGAGCAGCAGCAAUAAGAGGGUUUUGUAGAUUUGCUGCUGAGGGACUCGCUGAUGAUUGCUCCAGACAUUUCAAGGUGCUGCUGCAGCCGCAGCAGCAGCAAGUAGGUAGCCGUUACUCGAGUGCGCCUGCUAGUGAGGGUGACGAUGCUGCUGCUGCUGCUGCAGCAGCAGCAGAGGUUGCUGCAUCUGCUGCAGCAGGAGCACCAGCAGCAGCAGCAGCAGCAGCAUAUUUCUUAGCAACAAUCUCUCAAGAGAUGGAUGUGCAGGGCGUCAGGCUACUUAACCACUUCCUUGAUGCCAAACAGGAUUUCUUUGCUUUUAAGAAGAACGAAGGAGCAGAGAGAGACCCAGAGGCCCUCAGGAAAGUUGAGGCUCGAUUGGAGGAGUGCGUGCUGCUGAGCCGUUGCUGCAGCAAAACGCAUGCGUCGCUGCUGCAGCAGUUUAGAGCAGCACUGGGAAGCGCUGCUGCUGUUCCUGCAGAUGCCGAGGCAGACGGCAGCAGCAGCAGUAGCAGCAGUAGCAGCAGCAGCAGCAGCAGCAGCAGUCGGUUAAGGAACGAAAGUAAUGCUGCGGCUGAGAUGGUGACGCAGCAGCAGGUCCGUCAGGUGGAGCAUCCUGCUCUUAUGCAGAGGAGGGAGGAGUUAGUUGCUGAGUAUAUCGCCCUUGAGCAUGCAUUGAUGCUCUGGGCAGUAAGAGAGGCGUUGGAGGUACAGGACGAAUUACCAUUUGCUGCUGCUGCUGCAGCAGCAGCAGAAGCAGCAGAACGUCGUCUAGGGGACGUUUCUUUUAUAGGUGCAGGGGAUGCAUCAUCAUCAGCAGCACAACAACAGCAGCAGCAGCAGCAGCAGCAGCAGCAACGAAUAGCAGCACUAAGGGAGGCAGAGGAGGAAGCAAUUAGAUCAGGAGAAUGUCUAUACAGUACAUUAGCAGAAGAUCUCUUCUUUGUACUACAGGCAUCGGUAUCCAGGGCAUUAAGGUCUGCUGCUGCUGCUGCUGCUGCUGCUGCUAUGGUGCUACUUUGUUGUUGCUGCUGA